GAAGUUCUUUUAGCAGAAAAGUGACAACCAUCGCCGAGGAAGCAUCUACGUAAGCUGCAUUUCGAUCAAUGUCGUGUGAAUCUAUCAAUAUAAUAAAUUGAUUCUCAGGGGGGAUUCUUUCUUAUCUAAUGUUUGAAGCUGGUUGAGUCGUCUGCAAAUAAGAGUGAUAAUAACUCCCGGUCGGAAAGUGGUUUGCAAUUGGCGUCGGUCGGCUUGGAAAAAGUCUGUGGCGGAACAGAAGCUCCGUUGGCUGGAUGCGAACAAAAAAGGCUCGGGAUUAUGAUGAUGAUAAGAUACACAAACAACCAGAAGACGACCAGCCCGAGAUAGAAUAAAGAUUACGUCGCGAGUGUACAAAUAUUGUACAAGUUUAAAACUAGUGCUAUAGAAAGAAGGAGGGUACAAUAAUAAUUACUGGAUUGGUUUAUUUGGGAUUUACCUGCCACUGAGUGGAUGCAUGAAAGUGAUGGCGAAGUCUAUGACCGUGAGAAGUUCUUGGAAGUGCGUGUGAAAUUCAAAACAUUGCGACGACAAAAGUGGUCAAGGGGAAUUGAAAACACUUUUGUUCGACCAUUUUUUGCGUUGAUGAUGCUUCGAGUAUUGAAUGCAGUCAUAGAAACAUAAGAUUCCAACACCCGGCGUUCCUCUUCUGCAUCUGACCGCUCAACGCAACAAUAAAGAACCCGAUGCGACAGACCGAGAGUGCAGAAAUUUGCGGAAGCGCCAUAAAGCACCUUUUCGCUGAAUGAGUGUAUAGGUGUAUCGGAGCCAAGGUCUCUCGCAAAGAAGUGAGUGUGCGAAAUAAGUGAAAGAACAUCUAGGUCCAUCAUAUCGCAAGAUAGAAGACAGACGACAUCGGGAGUCAUGCCGUGCAACGUGUUUGAAUGGCAAAAGGUGCAUCAAAUAGGCCACCGUGUUUGAAUGUAUUGCAUAGUGAAGAAAAUGCUGAAACAGGAAAGAGUAUCUAUGCAUGCGAAGCCGCAGAUAAUAUGUUUUAUGUAACAAAAUCGAAAAUGUUCGAAUCAGUGUCGGUAUCUCAGGCCAAUCUCGGUUUCGAUGCUCAUUAGCCGUGGAUGCACUACAUUCAUUAUUCGCAACAAUCAAGCAGGGUCCGAAGAGCAACGCGCGUGUGUGAUAAAUUUGUGAAUGAAUUCAUUCGCGAAUGCUGAAAACAAUUAGGUUCUUAGGUGCAGAGUGCGAGUGCGACCUGGUUUACUUACUAUCCGCCUUCUUUCAUGCGGCCGUUCGCAGUCAAUAUCGCAUAUGUGAUCUAGGUUGUUGGGCAGUGUGUCAUCACGGGUCAAUUGGGGCGGCGAUCACAAUCGUCCCUAUCAGUAGAAGCAGCUUGUGCGAUGAAGGUAAUGCUGCGGCAGCUGACCGUAACUCGAUUCAAUGCAUGGGAAUAACUUCCAUCGUGAGAGUGUUGUGUUUGAUGCCGCGAAUAAAAAUAACUUCUCCGCGUGCGUUUGAGUCAGCUUCGGCUAGCGUCGUUGAUCCACAUAUUACGAAAGUGUAAAAUUAGGAAUUUUGUUUGGUUUAGCCCAUCAACGUGUAAACUGAAGAAAGGAAGAGCGAUUGUCGAUUGCCAGAACGAAGUAAUUAGUUUUCACGGUCGAAAAGUGAAUAUCAUCCCGCGAAUUAGGGCGGAAUCCUUGAAGCUGCGAGGCAACAUACGAGAAAAUCCGACCAGAUUACGCAGCAAUAAUGUCGAUAUCGAAUGGGAAAACAUCGUCGGACAUUGAGAAUGCGGAAUGGAAUUCAACCGGGAUGCUGACCCAUACCAGAUAUGGUUCCAGCAGCAGCCAAGCCUCGCAAAGCAGUGGCGACAUCUGUCGGAUAUGUCACUGCGAAUCGGAUACGCACAAUCCACUUCUGACGCCCUGCUACUGCUCCGGAAGCCUCAAAUUCGUGCACCAGACCUGCCUGCAGCAAUGGCUAACCGCGUCGGAAACGAAUGCCUGCGAGCUGUGCAAGUUCCCCUUCAUCAUGCACACCAAGAUCAAGCCUUUCAACGAGUGGCGAAGUCUGGAGAUGUCGGGGGUUGAACGGAGGCGGCUUUUCUGUGCGGUCCUGUUCCACUGUGCCGCUGCCCUGUGUGUGAUAUGGUCCCUCUGUGUGCUCAUCGAACGGGCUGCCGAGGAAGUGCGCCGUGGACUGAUAGGAUGGCCCUUCUGGACCAAGCUGGUCGUGGUGACGGUGGGCCUGACCGGCGGAGUCGUGUUCAUGUACAUCCAGUGCAAACAGUAUUUGAAUUUGUGCAACCGGUGGCGCGCUCGGAAUCGGAUCCUUCUGAUUCAAAAUGCCCCGGAGAAAAUUCACCCACCGCAAUCACCUGGUGUUCAGCGGUUCCCUCGUGUUCGUACGGCAGUUGCUUGCGGAGGCAUCGGUCCCAAUGGAAACGGAAGCGGUGGACCGGGCAGCAGUGCCAGCUACAAUUCCGGUAAUAACGGUGGUCCUCAGUAUCGUGGUUACCAUCAGCAGUUGAUCGGGUCGAUCGGCGGGGGUCAUGCCUGUGAGUUGCAAAUCAAUCAGCAAGGACAAAUCAUAGCGGCUAAUAUUGAGAACAGUUCGAUCAACUAUGAUCGCGAUUGGACGCUGGACGAUAUCAGCCAGAUGUCGUUCAAACCGUGUCCACAGGGAAGCGGUAGUCUAACCCCAAUGCCGUUCCACGAUUCCGCGCAUAACGUUUGCGAGGGAAGCGGAAGCGGAAGUGGCGUCGUUGUGGCUACUCAUAGAUACUCGGCGAUAUCAGGAUCGUCCAAUACGGUUCACGAAGAAGAUCAGCUACAACAACAUUCUAGUAUUAAUGAGGCAACUAGUGGUAGUUGUGGUGGUGGUAGUAUUAAGACAGCCGAUCUGAAUUUGUUCAAAGUACCGACCUCAGAACUGAGUAGUGUUAGUAGCAGUGCCGGUAUUCCAUCUGGGACAAACGCCGGAAGGUAUCCCAACUCAGCGAUAUUCUUAGAAAAUCGUGAUAUUUUAAAUGAUCCUCCAUGUCAAGAACAAGUUAUCAACAAUCAAGCGAAACUAUUUAACCGUCGAUCGACAGUUCUCGGUAGCGGUAGUAGCAGCUUCACUCCUGAGGAUCCACGAAAUGAUAUCCGUAGAUACUCCGACACCAAACUCCUCCAACAGCAAAAACUCACAUAUGUCAACGAGCACCCUGUUGAAAGCAGCCCUACCAAAGAUCAAUUGUUACUUAAUCCUAAGAGCAUCAUCUACGACAUGACCAGUUUUCUUGGUCCGGUCGUAGCACAGGAUCAGGAAGAUAAUUCUAAUAACCCACAUCAUCAAUUGCACCGAGCACAUCAUCAUCACCAUCAUCACGUACUUACAACUGCAGACAGUCCGAGCCAUCGGAUGCAAACAACCGACAUUCAAUUCGACAACAACUGUGAUGAAGACUCGGCUCCACCUCGAGCAGUCUCGUACGAUCCCUUAGAGCUCAACAUCCAAGAAUUGCUUGAACUGGACAUUGCCAAUAUUCAGCGGUUGCACGAGAAAAAGAGCUCUCUCGGAAAUAUCUCCCAGCACUCGUCCUCCUCGUACUGUCAAGACGACCCGUCCUCACCAUGCCUUGGCCCUCCAACUGCCAAGGUGCGUCCAACGAUUUGUCCCUCCGCCUCCAAUUCCCAACUGCGACAACUCCAGCAGCAGCCCACCAUCCAUGAUCAACUACAAAUGCCUCAGCCAAUGCAGUCUCAGUCAGCGGAACACCACCGUUCAAUAGAAAGCCCCAGCAGUAACCAGCAGUUCAACAGCAACCGACUAAAGCUGUUCAAGUCGCUCCCGAAUUUGAGUGCCAGUAGCGAGAAUCUGCUACCCUCGCCAAAGCGUUUCAAUUAGGUCUUACUAGUUUUCGUGUGCCGAUGAUACAAGUAACAUAUUAUAAGACACGAGUUAAUUAACGCCAUUUUUGUGAUAUUUUAUUCCCCUAAUAUUUUUGGACAAACAAAGCAACGUUCGGUCCUGUGAAUACUAAUGAAUCAAUAUACUUAACUUCAACAAAGAAACAACUGUUUGCUUAAGACGUUAAUACUUACCUAUCCAAUAGAGAAAAAACAGUAGUGUAUUCGAAUUAUUACUCUAGAUGAGACCAGACAUAGAGGCAUUUUAGACAGGUAAACACUACAGAGAAAUAUUAGUGAUGAAGCAAAUUAUUACUAUAUAUACUUACUUGAACUAUUAUUUUUCUUGGGAUGAUCACGCGACAGAUUACAAGCCGAUCACUGGCGACAGUGAUCUUCAAUUAAAGGAUAAACAAACAGAGCAUAGAUGAAUGUGCGAGAGCCAAUGUGUGCGAACAAAAGUAUGCGCUAGACUGAGAGAUUUUGCAGCUUUAAAUGAUGGUUUUUGUGUGGAAAUACUGACUGAAUCCAGCGGUUGAGUGUGAAGAAAUUGUAAUAACUCAUAAAACGAAGCAUGACGAUCGUCGGGUACUUGUAUAAACAAUAAGAAGGACGUAACGUGUGACUUAUAUCUUAGAGAUGAAUACAAUAUGCAAAAUGAUUUAAGCAACGGUGUUACAACAAUGCAGUUUUAUUUUUUUUUCCAUUUGGAAUAUAGAAAAUAUCGAAAUUACGU